GCAGCACUUAAGCAGGUAGCAAAUUGUUCGGCAGUCGGCACUUAACAUCUAACAUAAUAAAAACAGAACAUCCAAAUCUGUUUCCUCGGAACGAUCACCGGACUACAUGGAAACGUUGACUAACGAUACCAUUGAGCUCAGAUCGGAGUUUCUCCACGUUCUUCCAUGUCAACGAUUAUCCAAAGUUCUUGUAAAGAACUCUAUAUUGUUUCUUAUUGUUUCCAAUCUCCUAAUCACCGGAGCUAUGGAAACGCACGAAGCCGUUGACUUUCGAUCUGAGUUUCUCCGUGUUCUUCUUAGUCGACGAUUAGGCCAAGUUCCAUUGCUAGCUGAGUGUUCGAAGCCAGUUGAAGAUCCUGUAUUUCAAAGUGCAGUUCCAUCUACAGCAGCACUAGAGUCUUGUCCAAAGGAACAUAUUGAUAACUUGAAAGAUAUGCUUAAAGAGGAAAACAUUCAUUUGCACACUGAGGCUGGAGAGCAAGGAAGAUUGCCUUUGCUUAUUUUAAGCCUAAAGGAGAAGAAGAGUGAAGACAGAAGACCAGCUGUUGUGUUUAUGCAUGGCACAAACGCAAACAAAGAAUGGCUAAGGCCAUGGCUUGAAGCAUUUGCUUCAAGAGGAUAUGUAGCCAUUGGUUUAGACUCUCGCUACCAUGGGGAACGAGCUAACAGCAAAACCGCAUAUGGAGAUGCUCUUAUAUCAUCUUGGAAAAAUGGAAACACAAUGCCUUUUAUCUUUGAUACUGUCUGGGAUUUGAUCAAACUAGCUGAAUAUCUUACUCAGAGGGAAGAUAUAGACCCACAAAGGAUAGGAAUCACCGGUAUUUCGUUAGGAGGGAUGCAUGCUUGGUUUGCUGCUGCUGUUGACACCCGCUAUUCAGUAGCUGCUCCUUUGAUCGGUGUUCAGGGAUUCAGAUGGGCAAUAGACAAUGAUGCCUGGCAAGCAAGAGUAGACAGUAUAAAACCUUUAUUUGAAGAAGCAAGGAUUGAUAUGGGAAAGAGUGAAAUCGACAAAGAAGUGGUCGAGAAGGUGUGGGACAGAAUAGCUCCUGGCCUAGCCACUCAGUUUGAUGCACCCUACUCGGUACCAGUGAUUGCUCCACGCCCUCUUUACCUCCUUAACGGCGCUGAGGAUCCUCGCUGUCCUCUUGGUGGACUAGUUGUUCCGGUGAAGAGAGCUAAGAAGGCGUAUAAGAAAACUGCAUCUCCUGGAAACUUCAAGUUCGUAGCAGAAGAUGGAGUUGGACACACAGUGACGAGUUUCAUGAUCAAAGAGUCAUCAGACUGGUUUGACAAGUUCCUUAAACAAGGAAACAUGACUUCUUAUCAAAAUUGGGGCACAAGACCACAUGUUACAGCAAAAUAAAGUUGUAAGCUAGUAAAUGCAUGUUCAUCUCAAAACAUUGGUUCCAAGUAUAUGUAUGGUUUUUUUUUUUUUUUUUGAACACCUAGUAUAUGUAUGGUUAAAUAAAGGAAAUCUAACCGAAA